GCAAAGGAAAUUCAGAGCCUAUUUCCAGACUUGGGGUUGAUACUCCGACUGUCAUUGUUCAGUGGUUGGGAAUUUCUCAAAAAGCCACACGUUUUCUCUGUCAAAAAGUGCGGCUUUCUGAAUUUUUUCGAUUCGCGAUGAGCAAAGUCGAUAGUGACAGUGAUGUGUCUUUGCUUGACAACAAGGAAAUGAGCGAAGCAUUGGAUAUCGAUAAAUGGGCUCCUCAACUGGGAUAUGCCGAAGAUCCAGAAACACCUUUAACAGCUGAUACUUUUCCCAGUAAAUCGGGAGGCAAACCUGCAUGGAUGAAUCCAGAACACGUGUUGAAUGUCGAUCGGGCGACCUGCGGCAACUGCGACGAACCACUUAUUUUAUUGUUACAAUUGUACACUCCUGAAGAUCAUCCUGCGGAAGCAUUUCAUCGAACUGUAUAUGUCUUUUGCUGUAAAAAUGGUGCAUGCUUGAAGCAGGAUUGGAGCAGGAGUCUCAAAGUCUUUCGAAGUCAGUUACCUCGGGAGAAUCCAUACUAUGCUCCUCCAGAAGAUGAUGGCGCUAUCGACAGUGAAGCCAUGGAUACCGAUUUUGUCGCAAAAGAAUUUGAUCCGCCAGCCUUGUGUGUGAUCUGCGGCUUAGCUGGCACCAAGAAAUGCGGACGAUGCCAGUCGACUUCUUAUUGCUCCCGACAACAUCAACUCGUCGAUUGGAAUUCAUGUGGCCACAAAGAAUAUUGCACCAAAUCAUUGACUUUGGCGCAGAAACACAAGAGAGAUCAGCUGCGCGCACUCCGGAUAUUCGAAGAGAAGGAAAUCGUCAGCGAACCUGAAGGCAAAGGAGAGGAUGGCAAGGAAGAGGAAGAUCAACGGGCUUACAGUGAAGCGAACCAGUCUUCAUCUCAGGCGGGUGCAGCCGGUGCUCUUGUUCCUGCUGGUGAAGAAAUUUAUGAGGAAUCGGAAGUUGAUGUGGAUGAAGCAUUUUUAAAAUUCCAACUGAGAAUCCAGCUGUAUCCGGAUCAAGUGAUCCGAUAUGACCGAGUUGAAUACGAUAUGCCUGACCGGGAUCCCCUGUGGGUGCAAGAAGGCAAUCGGCCAACUGAUAUACCUUUAUGCCCGCAUUGUCAGGGUCCUCGCACGUUUGAAUUCCAAAUCUUGUCGACUUUGCUCAACUUCCUGGGUGUUUCACACAUUGCAUCGGAUUCCUUAGAUUGGGGUUCCUUAUUUGUAUAUACUUGUAAACACAAUUGCGCCUUAUCGAGCGAUACGUAUGCCGAGGAAUUCAUCUGGAAGCAAGACUUUUCGGCUGAUGGCAUGAAGCUUGGACCCAAAUAGAAAGUCAUUUUUUGUGACUUGUCUAAAUCACUCAGCUA